UCGGAGAGAAUCGCAAGUACAAUGAUCUUGAUGGUCUGAAAUUAUCAUCUACAAUAACUGGAGAUAAAAGAAAUGGAAAACAGUUCAAAUGGAGAAACUGCAAAUACGUCCCAUGAAUAUACUUAUGAAUAUGAUGAAGUAUGUGACAAGAAAAAUGUGGCCAGAAUCGGAUCAGUUGCAGUUCCUUUGGUAUUUUCCCUCGUGAUCCUCCUCAGUCUGAUGGGGAACAUACUGGUUCUUGUGAACUUGGGAGUCCACAGCCUACAAGUGAAAUCAAGGACUUUAAGCUUAAUCCGCAAUUUAGCAAUAUCUGACCUGAUCUUCACUGCUGGACUUCCGUUCUGGUCGUGUCAGUUUAUCUGGGGCUGGACGUUUGGUGAUGUAAUGUGUAAAGGUGUGAGCUUUGUGUUCUCUGUUGGAUUUUAUAGCAGCAUUGUGUUCAUGAUGAUGAUUACCCUUUGGCGCUAUUUAGGAUGGGUCCGUCCAAUUUUUGCCAGGAACAGUACAUGGCCAAAACCUGCUGCUUGGGUGCUAAGCAUCCUAUUAGGCCUCCCAGCGUUAUUCCAAAACUCAGUCAUAUCUGAUACUUAUGAUCCCAACUUACUUUACUGUACACAUAACAGCAAAAAAGCCAUACUUGCUGCAACGUAUCAACAGAACAUCUUAUUUGUGGUCGCCUCAUCAUUCAUGUGUUUCUGCAACAUAAGAAGUUUUCAGAUACUCUACAGACACCUUCAUUUUAGACGAGGAUACAGGAAUACAAAAAUAACCUUCUGGUUUAUGGUGGUCUUCUUCAUUGGCUGGGCUCCUUAUAACAUUGUGAUAUUUCUGCAGUCCCUCAGUUAUUACCACAUUAAGGAUUUUACGGACUGUAACAUGUCUGAUAAUCUAGACUAUGCCCUUUAUGCCUGCACAAUGCUGGCCUUUUCACACUGCUGUUUCAAUACAGUGUUUGACAUUAUCACUUGGAGGACAUUUCAGAGGAAUUGGAGGCAGAUUUCUCUAUGUCUUUGCCACCAAAUCCACACAAACACGCAGCCGAAUAGUAUGUAUUCUCUGGAAUCUGUGGAGAGAAACGACAAUCAGGAUACUGUAAUGUGAUGCACAUUGUACCCAGUACAUUAUAGUGCUUUUCCUUAUUUAACACACCUGCUUAAACACAAUACUGAGCUUUUAAUGAGAUAAUUAACUAAAUCAGGUGUGUUGGAAGAUUAAGGGUGCUUUCACACCUGCCUCGUUUGGUCCGGACUUUCAGAGUUUUCAGUUUGGUCCGAACCAAAGUAGCAAGUGUGAAAGGGGCCGCGAACCACGGUCUGGACCAAAGGACCAGAUUUUAGUCCAACCAAGAGAGGUGGUCUCGGCCUGGAUCUUCUGAACCAUGGUCCGGUUCGCCUGCAGUGUGAAAGCGCUGUCUGGAUGGUUCGAACUUCCGGACCAGUUACAGGAAGCUGAGCAGGCAUUCCUCAACAACGGCAGCAGAAAAAGAAAAAUAACCAGAAAAGCAGGAAAAAUGAGCUGUGGAAGCACAUGGAGCGAGUAGGAGAUGAAAUGUUUAAGUGAAUGAAACGAAUGAACCAUCCGCUGAAUUGUCAACACGCCAACGUCAGACGCAUGUCCUUCUAAAACCAAUCAGCGUCAAGUUAAGGAAAACGCCUCGAUACGUAAGUGAUGAUGAAAGGAUGUAGAAGUAUCACACAAAGGGCUUUGGUGCGCUCUCUAAACUGCAGUGUGAAAGUCCGGACUUUCAGGUGUGAAAGCACCCUAAAUG